GUAUACGACAAUACGUAUAUUAUACAACAGCGAAUACUGGAACUGGAUACGUUUAGACCAAUUCAAUGUUUGCGCAUCGCGUCCGUCACUCCACUACUUCAGCGGCAGUGAUCGCUGAUCAGUGAAUCCGUCGUCAGUCUGCACCCUGCUCAAAUGAUCGUCGUCCCGACAACGCGAUCUUGAAGUCCGAUAUUAUUAUUAUUAUUCUACUCUCGAUCGUAAUUAUUUUUUAUCGUUUUUCAACGAGACAUGAACGUUUUUUUUUUUACUGUUCUUUUAUGUCCAAUAACCAAUAACCGUCAUUAACCAUCUCGGUCGACCGGAUCAAUUAUCGUAUCAUACAAUAUUACCGUUGACCUUUGCACUAGCCGUCUUCAUUAUGAGUGCCGUUAAAAGGAUUGUGUCGGUCGCGUAUCUUCUGAUGGUAUUGGUCACGUUGGUUCAGUGUGAAAACUGUACGGUGAAGAAGACUUCUAAUGGAACUUUUACGAGAGAACGGCUGAUGACUUGCCCUUCGUCCGAAUCGGCGAAAGAUGCGAAAUUCUGUUGCUACGACAAGUACGACAGUGUCGAUUGCUGCAACGGUGCUGACCAUUUACGUCACAUAAUUCUAAAGUAUAUGCCCGAUCUGUUAACACUUCUGAUCAUAAUUGUUGGCCUGAUAUUGACAUGUUGUAUUUUUUGUAUCUGUAUUCCAUGUUAUUGCAUCAUGAGUCGUCGUCGCCCGAUUUACAAAGAUUCAAAUGAUAAUGCAAAUAUGGUUGCUGCCGUUUCUUUGCCCAAUGAAUCUCAAGAACAAAAUAUACCAAAAAAAGAAGUUACUCAUCAUUUACCACCAGGAGCUUAUCCUGUUUAUCCACAAUUUAUGGGAAUGCAACCAUUAAAAUCGACUGAAGUAAAUUGUUAAUUCACACAUCACAAUAACAAUAGCUGUUCUUAUAAAAAGCCAAAGCAUGUUAUUAUUAAUAUUAUUAUAUUUAUUUGUGCCAUCAACUGAGUAACGAAGGUUUGUGAACGACUAAAUUUUUUUUCUUUUAUCCUUAUCUUUAAAUUUUUGACUUUUAUAGUCUGGCUAUCAAAAGAAUAUUAUUAUCUUAAAUAUUAAGUUACCUAGUUUUGAACUGAUUAUGGUUAGAAUUAAUUUUCAUAUAUAUACAUAAAAAAUAAGACUUCGUGUGUUUGCCUUAAAAUAAUAUACCAGCACAAUUUUUUGUAUAUAUAUAUGAUUUAUCAUAAAAUAUAUGAGUCAAUUAUGAAAUAAAUAUUUUGAAAAAAAAAUAGGAUUAUUUUUAUAUGUUUUGAUAAACUAUUUUUUUCUCAGAUUACUUUUUGAUUAUUCAAAAUUAUUAUUAUUAUUUUUUUAAAUUGCAAUUGUAUACAAAAAUUUAAAUAUUCUAAAUUGUUUUAUUUAAUAUGUAAUAAUUAGUUUUAGUUUUCUUUUCGUUGUUCCUGAGUUUUGACGAUUUAUUUGGAAAAAAUAAAAAUCGCAAGGCUGUAAAUUUGUUUUAAUAUUAUUUGUUUUCUGCCUUAUUUGGUUUAUUUUGUUGGUUCCUUUUCUAAACAUUAUUUGUCAAAUACUGAAAUACCAAAUACGUAUUAACUGAAUUGUGAUGUUUUACAUAUUGUGAUUGACUGUCAGAAUUAAUUUUGGUUUUAAAUUAAUACUAUUUGUGUGUAUAUUUACAUAAAUACCAAGAUUAAUAUUUAUACUAAUAGUAAUAGUAAUUCAGUAUCGAAUUAAAAUGUUUUAUUUUGUUUUUUAUUCGACAAAAGUUGUACGAUCUUGAAAUGUAAUGUAAUGUCUAAAUAACUAGUGAUUUAAUUAUUAUAAUAUUAUGACACGUGUUCUGCUAGAAUAUUAUUUUUAAUAUUUUCCUUUUGAAAAUUAUAUGAUCUAAGUUAAAACUACUGUAUAAUCUGAUACUAUUGUAUCGUUGAAUAAUCUCACUAUGGUUGUGUAUAAAAAUGUCUUAUUGAUUCAAUGUUCAUAUUUGAGUUCAAUAGUUGUACUGUCUUAAAAAUAAACAGACUUAUAUUUAAUUAAUAACUAAUGCAAUGAUUUUUGAUAAGAAUGUGCAUUUAAAAAUAUAUAAUGUUUUUAUUAUUAUAAUAUAAAGUUAAUAAUAUUAUCUUAUUUUAACAAUGUACAAUAAUUCACCAUUUUAUAAACAUUUUUUGCUUAAAGACUGGAUUUAUGUUAUAUUCAUAUUUUGAAGUAAUAUAAAAAUGUGCAAAUUGGUUUGAAUUUGUUCAUAUUUUUAUAUACAGUAAAACCUCCUUAUAACAAAUCCCUAAUAACGGAAAAAUCAGUUGGUCUCGACUUCUUGAGCGAAUCCAUCAUGAGGAAGUUUUACUGUGCUUUUAUUACUUAUAAUAACGACUAUAGUUUUCUUGAUUAUUCCACAAUUUGAUUGAUAGAACUAUAUUUUAUUACAACACUAUUUGUUUGAUGUAAGAAAUUCUUGCAAAUGUUUUGUACAGACAAGCCAAUUGUACACAAACAGAAAAAUAAUAUCAAUAUAAUAUCUUAUGUUUAAUUUAUUGAAAAUAUAAUUAUGCAAGAAUUUUAAAUUGACACGAAUUAUUAUUAUGCUUUUAUAAUAAUACCUAACCCGAUACAACCUACUUAUUAUGUAAACAACUAUAUAAAUAUCACAUUUACAUCAUAAAUUUAAUAUUGUACCUACAUAAAUUAAUAUUAUUUUUACCUUAUAAUUAAUUCUACUUGUGUAGAAAACAUAUAAUUUGUAUACAAUAUUAGUAAUUUAGUUUGAAUAAAACAUUUAUAAUCAAUAUCAA